AUGGAAAAUAGCAAGAAGGAAUAGUAGUAAUCUGAAUAAUAGACCUAUAUCCAUACCUAAUCUCCUCAUUCCAGUAGCAUAAUUCAGUUAGAGCCUGAAAUUCAAAAAGCCCUAAUCUUUGACAUUAACCAUUAAGAAUACGGAUUACCCUUAACUCCAACCAAGUUUUUCCCCUAAUUAUAGUAUCAACCUAAGGAUUUCGGUAUCCUCGACUAAUUUCCAAUAAAAGAGAAAUUAUACAGUGUUUAAUUAUCACCUACAGUAAUAUAUCUCACAUCUCAUGAAGAAACUGACCAACAAAUUAUUAGAAAGAGCAUAAUGAAAAACAAACUCCUUAAUGAUGUUCAAAUUCAAUAUGCCAGACAAGAAUGCACAAUAUAAUCUCUACUGAAGCACGAGAAUAUCGUAGAGCUUUACCAUUAUACUGAAAACGAUUAAGAGAUUACUCUGCUUAUGGAGUAUUGCAAUGAUGCUAACUAUUUUGAGGACAGAAUAGAAAAUAGUUUAGAGCCUAUCGAGGAUAUGGAAAAACUAUAGCAAUAUGGUUAAGAUAUUUUGCACGCACUAAACUAUCUUCACACAAAUGGGUAUAUCCACAGUGAUAUGAAAAUAUAAAAUGCUUUGCUGAAUCGUAACGAGGAAGAAGGAGACGAUAUCCCUAUUGUUAAAUUAUGUGAUUUCGGCCUUUCGCAUGUUAUAAAGCCAGAGCUGAAUGGAAAGGCAUUAAUGAUAGAGAAGUGCGGCACUCAUGGAUAUAUCGCCCCAGAAAUUCAAGCUAAGAAUAGUCUUGUGGGUCCUGAAAUAGACAUGUGGGGCUUCGGAGUAAUGCUCUAUGAAAUGUGCACCGCUUAUAAACCUACCAAACUUCAAAAUUACAGAUAUGGAUCAGGACCUAUCCCUUUCAGAGAUAGAGAUUGGAGAAAGGUAAAUAAGCAUAUUAAGGAUUUGAUAAUUCAGUGCUUGCAAACGGACCCUAGUAAAAGAAUAAGUUCUCAAGAUGCGCUAUAACAUCCCUGGUUUGGCAGCGAAUGA